AUGGGUUUGGUCAAGAAACCAGCAAUGGCUGCCUCCCGAGGCUCUUCGAAGUCCGAAAAGGCAGCUGAUGAGGUCAUGGGGACGAACAAUAGCAGUAUUGCGUCCAAACGAAGCGUUGAGAGAAUCUACCUGCCCGAACCGCAUUUUUUUAGUUGUUUUGUGAAGAAACCACAGCGCCGGUCACCAAUCAUCAAUCGUGGUUAUUGGUUCCGAAUGUAUGCCAUGGCGGAGACGGUUCGACAAUUCAUGGAGAAAGCACCGGUAGAUAAGCCCAAAUACGUUUUGAAUUUGGGUUGUGGAUAUGAUCCCUUGCCCUUCAUGCUGCUCAGCGACGAGAAGAAGGCAGGUCGUAGUGGGCAUACCGUAUUUGUGGACAUCGACUACGAAAAGCUCAUGGACCAUAAGAAGAGAACCAUUCAAGAAUCCAACGAAAUCACCAGCGUAUUGGAGGAUGCUCAAUUUGGCGAAUACGAAGACCCUAUCCAAAUUCGCAGCUCCCGAUACAUUGCCGUGGGCUGCGAUAUGUACAACUUGAAGAAGCUUGACGAGGUAUUGCGCACUAGUGUCCUGCCUUCUACUGACUGCUCGGUGCUUUUCUUGGCAGAGGUUUCUUUGACUUAUAUGGACGUCAAGUCUGCCCAUAAUGUCGUGACAUGGGCCUCAAAGCUAACCAAUGAUGUCCAAUUUUGUAUAUUGGAGCAAUUCUUCCCAGAUGGUCCUGACCACCCGUUUGCGAAGACGAUGAUGACCCAUUUUAACAAAGUGCGGGCUCCUCUAUUCUCGAUCCACGAGUUUCCCACGCUUGGCCAACAAGAACAACGAUUUCGAAAUGCUGGUUGGUCUGAAGCCCGGGCAAGAAGCCUAUGGGAUCUAUGGUCUGAUAGCGAAUUCUUGCCCGAUUCGAUACGAACCGGGCUGGAUUCAUUCGAAGCCUUUGAUGAGUGGGAAGAGUUUGCAGUUUUUGCUUCUCACUAUUUCGUGUUGAUUGCAUCAAACAGUCCCGGCGUAGAAAAGAUCAAAUGCCCCGAGAGUACCAAUGAGCAUUCCUCAGGUGAUGUCUCGUCUCGAUUUGCACUGACACCGCAUUGCCCACCCGAAAAUAAUGGCCGCCGACGAUAUGGUGCAUUGAUACCGGAUGGUGACCAUUCUGUCGGUUACCAUGGUGGUCAAGGCGAACAAUCACGCCUGGCUUCCACGGAUCUGUAUACUCGCACUGAAAGCAUUAACGGGCUACUCUCAACAGUUCCGCCGCCCCAUAUCCCCACGCGAAUGUGUCACACUGUUACCCCACUGGCCAGAAAUUCUAGAUGUCUUCUUGUGGGUGGCAGGACAUCCCCCACUGCUCCCCUGAGCGACUGCUGGGUACGCCGUGAUAAUUCGUGGAGCCAGGUUCAACCCCUGCCCGAGCCGCGAUUCCGACACAACGCCACCGACGUUUCAUGCGGUGAUGAAAAAAGUUCUAUCCUUGUUUAUGGUGGCAAGUCCAACAACCACCUGCUCCUGGAUAGCUGGGUGCUAUGGAACGACAAGGACGAGCGAGGGUGGCAAAGGGUCAAUGUCAGGGCGGUCGGUCCUUCACCUCAAGCUCGCUUUGGCGCAAGCUUUUCAAGGAUAAACGAUCAUUCCGGGGUCUUGUUUGGAGGUAUCGGGGCUACUGGAACUAUUUUAGAAGACUUUUGGUCAUGGAAUCUUUCUCGUUGCGAGGAUGGAUCUUUGCAAGUGGAGAUCACAGACCUCACCCAAAGCAUCAGGGAUGCAGUGCCCCAACUUUUCCCCUUUCUGAGUCGAUUUGGGGCAACAGUGAACACAACAUCGUUCGGCUUGGUUCUUGCUGGAGGCAUUAUCCCUCGCCAGGUAGUUCCAGCUGAUAAAGAAAUCUUAUUGCUGGACAUCCAGCAACUGAUGACGUUAUCAGAAAAGAAGCUAUGCGGUCCAACUGUUAUCUCAAGCAUCGGACUCGGAGCAAAUUUCGAGGGACCAAGACCAUUGCUUACCGGCCACGUCGCCCACACGAUUGCGACUGACGCUGUUCUUCUACUUGGUGGAGGAGGAGUGUGCUACGCAUUUGGAAAUUUCUGGUCAGAGGGAUCGUGGCUUCUGCAAUCGCAAGACUCGAAGACGGGGAAUACGUGGACGAUCUCCGCCGCCGAAAGCCAAACCCAUUCCUAG